CUCUUAUCCCUUCGUUAUAUACUUUUAGCUGUUUGUGUCCUGAUUUUUUUAUAUCUAAUAAAAUAACUACAUAAAAGUGAUUUAUUAAUUUCUUUAAUUACUCUUUUUUGUAUCUUAAUUUUAAUUUCUUCUAUCGUAAUAUUGCAAAAUGAAUUUGUAUUAUUCCAACAUAAAUUCUAUUGUGUGGUAUUUAAAAUAUGUAGGAUUACCGCUAACGCUUUGUUUUAGUAUACAUUGUUUAAUUUCCCGUGUAUCUAACAAAAAGCGUAGAUCUGCUUUACAAAAAAAGGUUGUUGUAAUAACUGGUGCCAGUUCUGGUAUAGGAGAGGCAUUAGCACAUUCCUUUUAUGCUCAAGGAAGUACAGUGGUUUUAGCAGCACGACGAAGAACAGAACUUGAUAGAGUAAAAAAAGAAUUAAUGUCAAGAAAAAUGCCCAUCCAAGUUCCAGAACCUGUUGUGUUGGAGUUGGAUCUUUCUAACCUUGAUAGUAUGGAUUCAUUUGUAAAAAAAAUAUAUGACUCUUGUGGGCAUAUUGAUAUUUUGAUUAACAAUGGUGGAGUAUCUCACCGUGCCUCUAUUUUGAAUACAGAAAUUAAAGUUUAUAAACAGAUAAUGGAUGUGAAUUAUUUUGGUUCUGUGGCAUUGACUAAAGCUGCUCUUCCAAAAAUGGUGGAGAGAAAAAGCGGUCAUAUUGUGUUUAUAAGUUCAGUGCAAGGACUCAUUGCUAUCCCAAAUCGUUCAGCAUAUGCUGCAUCUAAACAUGCUAUCCAGGCAUUUGGAGAUUCUCUUCGUGCUGAAAUGCAUCAACACAAUAUUAAUGUAACAGUUAUAAGUCCAGGAUAUGUGAAAACUGCUGUGUCAUUGAAUGCUCUGACUGGUAGUGGUAGUUUUCAUGGAGUCAUGGACUCUGAGACUGCUGCUGGUUUCACAUCAGAAUAUGCUGCAGAGAAGUUCUUAGACAUGAUUGUAAAUAAAGAAAAUGAACGGGUAUUGAGUCAACUGAUGCCACAUAUAGCAAUAUACUUAAGACAAUGUUUCCCAUCAUUAUAUUUCCAAAUUAUGGCUAAAAGAGCAACAAGCAAAACAAAUUGAAUAUAAACUGGUUAGUUUGUCUAAAAACUUCUGACCACUUAAUUAAUUGGUGAUUUUAUAAAAAAGAUAAUCUUAAAAAUGGUAUUUAAAAUGUUUUUGUGAAGCAACAGCUAAGUUUCUUAUUAAAAAUUCUUUAAUUCUUUUGUAUUUAUUAAAAUUUA